AAGAAUUAAAAAAAGAAAAAGAAAAAGAGAGAGAGAGAGACUCAACUGCAAUCCCCCAGAAUUUGCCACUCUGCUGCUUGUGCAGCUCUUUGCCUUUUCAAUCUGAUCAACUUACAGUGAUAAUCUAAAAAUCAAAUCGAAGAACAACCCUGUUUUGUUUGUUGAAUUUGAUUAUCAGGGUUGUUCUUUUCUUUUUAAUCCUAUCCAUAAAAAUGUACUCAACCAUCCAAUAUUUGAAAGUUUGCUUUUUUAUCAGCUGGUCUUUACUUUUCAAUUUCAUCAACAAUCAACUAUAAUUCAAAGCAAAGGCAGCCUAUUUUUGUUUGUUGAAUUUGACGAAAUGGGUUGUUCUUUGUUUUUCAUACCAUUAAUUGUAGAUUAAGUAAAUUCCAGAUUGUUUGUGGAGUUUUGUGCUUUGUUUUUUUUUGGAAAGUUUAGCUUUUGCAUGGCUAGGAGGAUUGUUGUUCUCUAGCAAAUCAGAAGCCAAGUUUCUGUUAUAUUGGAGGAGAGACAAGUGUUCUUAGAGGCCUUGAAUUGGAUACCAUUGGAUUGUGGAGGCCCCUAAGAGAGAAACCAAAGACUGUGUCUUGGAGAUACAAGUCUGGUCUUGAUCGGCUUGGAGAAAGAACGCUUUACCCUCCAGUAGAAGUAGAAAGGAUUGGUGUAUGGUUCUGGCUGUUCUGUUAAAGCCUUAUGUCUCAAUUCUCAAAAGGUUUCAUUUACUGUUUAGUUUUGCUUCUUCUCUCCAGUUACGUUUUAGGUCAUUUGCUUGUUCCUCCGAAAUGAACUUGAAGUUAGCAACAGAGUCAAGGUGGAAGAUUUUUAUUUAGGAGGACGAUUGAUUUCUUUAUGUUCAUGGAGAAUUCUUAUGAAACAUCUAAUGUUAAUGGGCUAAGAGAAAAUGGCCAUGCAGUUGUUAGGCAAACUCCUCAUCAACCCAGAUCAUUACCUUGGCUUGAUUUAAGAGUAUUCUAUGUCCGAAUCAGCAAAUGUGAGAUUGAUGACUCGACUCCUGAGCUCCUUUCUGUGAACCAUAUUCCAUUAUAUCCUGAUACCCUUCUCGAAGUAAAUGGUGUUAGAACUUCUAUCAAUUCUGAUGGUGCAUCGACCACUCUUAGGAGGGAUAGAUUAGAUAAGAAAUCUGAAGAAGCAACAUUUGUCAGCACCGAUAGUAUAAGGAUGACUGGGAGUGUGAGGUUUGAGGUUUUUGAUAAGGAUGUCCUAUUGUUAUCUGGUGUUUUAGAAUUGUGUUGUAGCAAUGGUUUUGUAGGGGAAUCAAGGAACCAUGACCAGAGGUGGAGCAUGAAUUGUGAAUCAGACAUAACACUAGGCAACGGCUUCCUGAAGGAUAAACAGUUUAUGGGUCUAGAUUCAGAGAUGCCUACAAUUGAGGUCUAUGUUACAGGAUCUUUCUCGGGCACUCCAAUUAUCUUAACAAAGACAUUGGAGCUUGGUUUUCGUAAGAAGCAAAUGAGAAAGGGGAUGUUAGAUUCCAUACCAGAAUAUGAGGCAACUGGAAGCCAGGACAAAGCCCCUUCCAGGUUUCCUUUACAGUUAUCUGAAUACUCAGACCACAAGCCGGAGAAUGAAGAUUACCACCUGUUCCCAGGAACAGAAUAUAUGGAUGGUGAAGAUGGUGAAAUGUCAUGGUUCAAUGCUGGUGUUAGAGUGGGUGUUGGCAUUGGCCUAAGCGUUUGUGUUGGAAUUGGGAUAGGUGUGGGCUUGCUGGUACGAACCUACCAAGGCACCACCCGCAACUUUAGAAGGCGAUUGCCAUGACUAACAGUUUUGCUAAUUGGCAAUUUUAGCACUAUGCCUUUCGUUCUUCUACUCACAAUCCAAAUGCAGCUAACUCUGGGCGUUUCUGACAUGCCCUGAAUCCUGAGUGUGAAUAAGGGUUUUUCACCAUUGCAAUCAGAUGCAGGUAAUACGUUGGUCUUCUGGGGCUAAGCCUUGCAUCUAAAAUAAAAGGGCAAUUAUUACAUACUGCAACAUCGGAAACGAAAUUCUCUCAAAUGGAUUGCAUCUGGAGUCAGUCUUUUUAUGUAUUUAAUGCAGGGCAGGGCGCUGUGUGUGCUGUGGUAUGCCUCUUGUGAGUUUGAUAGUUGCUUGAUCUUUCUUUUUCCUUCCUGGAAUACUGUUUAUAGCCACUGUAAAAUUUUGGUAAUGGACAUAGGUCAUCCUCUGUUGCGUGAUAUUCUUCCUGUCUUGACAUGCACAUCUUACUGGUUUUGCUUGUCUUCUGUUGUUUUAAUGGAGUAGUUAAAUCAUUUGUGGCUU